AUGUUUUUGUCCUCUCCAAUUAGACGGCCAACUUCUCUUAAAUUCCGACGAUGGCUGUCCUCAACGCCAUGGUUUGUCGAGCGAGAAGAAAAUAAGGAAAUUUCUCAUGUGAACCGUGUAUCUCGCGCUGCCCCAGUCCCUGAAGAUACACCAAAAAUCCUUCGUGAUUUGCAUUCUCAGCUUAUCCAAUCUCCUCAUCUUGAGCAGGGCAAAUUGGUUGUCAGCCGUGCUGUAUCCAGAGAACUCGGGGACCCACUUCCUCUGAGAGCACCUCAAGGUAGACGGAGAAGAGGCGGAACGUACCCUGGCGAAUCUGCUUUUGACAUUCCCGGUUCUCUUUGGAAUUGGGUCGUUUUCGCUGAGGUCAAAGAAGGUACUGAGAGCAAAGGUGCAAUUGAAUCUGUAGCAAGACAGGUUAGGAAAUUUCUUCUCACCGCUCAACCACCUCUACUCCUUCCACCAAAUUCCAGGAGGCGAAUGCAGAAUGGAUGGGCCUUGGUCGAUGGAGGUGAUUUUGCUGUCCACGUCCUUAGCAAGGGUAUACGAGAAAGGUAUUUUAACGAAUCCUAUUAG